GAGCGAGAGAAAUAGAGAGAGCGAGAGAGAGAGAAACUCGAACGCACCUCAGCUCUCAAAACAGCUAAACAUUCACCAAGUAGAGCAGCGCUCUUCCAGACACCACCAGAUCCCAAAGCACUGAAAUGCACGUCCUAAUCUGAAUCCGAUCUGCAGCGCUCUGCUUUGCUUUUCGCUGAAGUCGCAACAGUUUGCUGGAUUCUGUUUACUUUCUUUGCAAAAGAGUAUUCGCUGCAUUACUUGGCCCCCGCUGACGCCCUCGUGUUCGCCGAAGGAAGAAUAUCUUUCCUGCAAAGUCUUAAGGCGGACCGUGAAAAUUUGAAUUGGAUCAUUCAAGACUCUAUGUCCUGUUUUGGGAAGUGCUGUAUUAUUAUUAUUGUUUAGUUAUCGUUAUUUUUGGGUGGAUUCUCAACUGGACUGAAAUUAAUUCUGAUUCGUUUUCCUCCUAUUCCGCUUGGAAUUAUUUGCAAAUUCAAGAGAAUCUAAGGAGAGGGGUGCAGCGCUGCGAUCACGGAUUUCAGAUGUGUUCUAGGUCUGUUGGAGUGAUCGCUCUUCAGAGUACAGAUGGAGACAAGAACUCAAAACGGCAGUGGUUCUCCUACCCUGCUGCAUUUUUUGCUUGACGGUGGGAGGCAGCAUAUGGGAGAAAUAGACACAAGAGAUGGAUUGAGUCCACAGGUUCAGGUGUUGUCACUUGAACAAAUCAGGAUAAUAAGAAGUACAAAUGAGUACACGGAAGGACCUAUGGUGGCUCCAAGGCCUGGGGUAAAGCCUGUCACUUCCCAGCCUCCCCAGCAGAAGACUGAAAGGGUGCAUGGAUUGAUGAGUGAGCAAGAGCAUCAGAGGUUUACACACAGAGGUCAACACCACCAUUCUUCACACUCUUCUCGAGUGCCCUUAACUCGAUCAACCAGUACAAUGAGUACUACUUCAAGGAGUAGUACCUCUUCAGAACAAAGACUUUUGGGAACAUCUCCCUCGCCGCCAGGUCAAAUUGCAGACCGGAUAAUCAGGGUACAGCCCAAGUCUCCGGAACUGAAGUCUGAUAUGCUGAAACCCUUGCACUUAGAAGAGGGUGGCAAACACAUGUACCGUUGUGAGGACUGUGGAAAGUGCAAGUGUGAGGAAUGCACCAAUCCCAGGACUCUGCCCUCCUGCUGGGUUUGUGACAAACAGUGCAUUUGCUCAGCUCAGAACCUGGUUGACUAUGGUACUUGUAUUUGUUGCGUAAAGGCCAUUUUCUACCACUGCUCUAAUGAUGAUGAACAUGACUGUGCUGACAACCCUUGCUCAUGCAGUCAGUCCAAUUGUUGUGUUCGGUGGUCUGCCAUGGGCUUCCUGUCCCUCUUUUUGCCUUGUUUGUUGUGCUACCUUCCAGCCAAAGGUUGCCUUAAAUUGUGCCAAGGAUGCUAUGAUUGUGUGAAACGACCAGGUUGCAGAUGCAAAAAUACAAACACAGUAUACAGAAAAGUCUCAAAUCCCUCACCUCGUAGUUACGAGAAACCAACAUAAGAGGCACGGCUCUCUCAAGAACUUUCUUCAUACACAGCAAAAGCUAACAAAGUAGUUCGGGCACUGUAGUUAUCAAGGGGGGGGGGGUUUGGGUUUACUUAGUGAUUUUUAAGUGACCCACUUUUAGCUGCCAUUUUAAUUGGAAAAGCUUUUUGAUAAAUCCCAGCCUUUUUUUUCCCCUUCAUUCUGAGGCUUAUAUCCAGAGUGUUAACUGUUCAGAUUUCAAGUAACUGAUAAACUAAAGCUGCAAAAAUCUUCUUGACCCUUUGUGUAUUGUUUGUGAAUAAUUCUUGAAAAAUAUGUAAAUUAGCAAAUUACUUUUUGUCCAACCAGAGAUAAUGUUAUUAUAUUUUUGUAUAUAUAAAAUUGCAACUGUGAAAGAAUGGUGCCACACUUGGUGGCAUCUGGAUAAAAUAUUAUACUAAUAUGUUGUACAUUCGGUUGAAUGUGAAUCAAUCAGUAUGUUCUAGAUUAUAUUUUGCCUUACAAAAGCCACCCUUUGUGAAUCUUGUCCCCUCAGCCACUUGUAUAUUGUACAGUGACCAUACAAAAACAACCUUUAUUUUCUAAUUUUUUUCAACAUAUUGUUUAGUGUAAAGAAUAUUUAUUUGAAGUUUUAUUAUUUUAUAUAAAAAGAAAUAUUUAUUUUAAAAGGCAUCUUAAAAUAUUGCCCUUUUUUAAAGAAAUCUUUUUUGUUGCUACAGAAAAGGGUGACAAAUCAGAUGCAUAUGUUCACUAUAAAAUAGAAAAUAUAUUAACGUUUGAAAUUAA